UUAAAAUUGAAACAACUGUGCGUCAAACACUUUUAGUUCACUUCCUCCUCCAUAAUAAGUCUUGAUUUCUCUUCAACCUGAUCACUAGAUUGGCGUUCUGAAACACACUUAACCUUCCCAGAUGGGCUGUGCAUCAUCGCAUCUGUUAAACCAUGACGAAGAUUUCAGCCAAAUUGGCAGCUCAGCCUUGGGCCACCAUAUCGUGUCUCUCACUUCCACCACGUAUGGCCUCUUGACGCUUGAUCCAUCUUCCACCAAACCAACUGUCUCCCCAACCCCUCCACCCCGUGUGACCCUCCUCUCGAUCUUUCCCACAGCAGUUUCAGAAUCCAGGUCCGAAGCACCACCUGAAGUCAUCAACUCUUGGGAGCUCAUGGCUGGUCUUGAUUCCACCAUUGAAAGCUUCCGUCUUUACUCACAACCCUCUAAACGACACACCCUCGUCGAUAAAGAAAACUCAAACCCAAACAAAACUCCAAGCUCUCAAGAAAACUGUAAUCAAGAUCAUCAACACCCUAUUUUUAUCAAACCCAUAGUAUCUAAAACCUCAUUUCUAGAUGAAUUCGAAAAGCUAUGCCCACCUAGAGGCGAAAAUAUGGUAGUGGUGUAUACAACAACAUUGAGAGGGGUACGGAAGACAUUUGAGGAAUGUAAUGCGGUGAGGGCAGUGAUAGAAGGACAUGGGGUGUUUGUUUGCGAGAGAGAUAUAUCCAUGGAUCAAGGUUUUAGAGAAGAACUGAGAGAGCUAAUGAAGGGGAAAGACAGGAGCGAACUGGUGCCACCAAGGGUGUUUGUAAAGGGGAGAUACGUGGGUGGAGCUAAUGAGGUAUUGAAGACGAUGGAAGAAGGGUCGUUGGGCCUAUUGCUUGAAGGCUUGCCUAAAUCAAAAGCUGGGUAUGUGUGCGAAGCUUGUGGUGGCGUUAGAUUCUUGCCGUGUUUCAGUUGCAAUGGGAGUUGUAAGAUGACGAUGGAUUGGAGGAAAGAGGGGGGAAAAAGGGCGGUUGUUCGAUGUGGUGAAUGUAAUGAGAAUGGACUGGUUCACUGCCCAAUUUGUAGCUGAUCCAUCAUCCAUGUGUGGUUUCUUGUUCACAAAUCUAUUAAGGGUUAGUUCUAAUAUGUAAUUUAAUAUGUAAUUGCAGAUGUUCUCAUGCUAUAUGUAUAUUAUUCUCUAACAUUUAUGAAAGAGACCAAGUCCUGGCAAAA